AUCCACUAAGUCCUGGGGAAAUGGUAUCAAGGGAAGAUGUAGCCUGAGCUCAGCCAAAUUAAUUUUUCUUGAAAGAAAUUUCGAGAGGAUGACGUUAUCUUAUACUAAUAGUAAAAAACUACCGCGCAUGUUUGGAAAUGGUAUAUUACCUUUCAACUCUGGAGUUUGGUCUUCAAUGAAGAAUUUUAGGCAAAGAAAUCCGCAAUCUUUUAUCUUUUUUCCCCUGUUGUCAUCACGAAACCAUAUUCAAAUUGAAAAAGAUGGGAAAUUUUUUUUCAUUCAUUCAUUCAUUUUAGAAUGGCCGGUACCUCUUCCAAAGCUGAAGAAGGUGUACACUGUUACUGUAAAACCAGAGGAUCUCCAACAGACAGUCAAUAGCAAAACUCAAGGUAGGGUUACGACCACUUCUACGGCGACCCCAUCACGUUCGGGUGAAGUGUCACACCAACAAACAGAAGGUUUAGAUUCGUCUACAAAGACAGAGGAAAAGCUAAAUAAAAACAAGAAGCGAAAAUUAAAGAAAAAACGCCGACAAAAAGAAAAAGAACAAAUAAAAAGCCAAGAAUUUACGUACCGAUUGUAAUAUUGAAGAACAUUAUUCAAGAGGAAGAAAAGGAUUUGGUGGAUGCGGUACAGUCUGGAGGCCCACGCAAUUAUAACUUUAAACACCGUAUAGAAUAACAUUAUAUCGUUCACUUGAGAAGAAAUCAAAUAAGAUUAUUUUUCUUCGGCUACCGCCGUAUUUAGCGGGAUAAAGCAAAGGGAAAACAAAAAAAGAUUUCUGGAAUCUGGGUAGAUGAAUGACGAGUGCAAUGAAAAGCCGUACAAAUAAAUAUGAUAAAUAAAUAGAUAAAUAAAUAAAUAAACCAAAGAGGUUUUA